AUGGCUCAAUACACCAACAAGAUCAUCGUAGGUGUGGAUGUUGGUAUGACGUUCACUGGCGUCGUUGUAGCUCAAAUCAUACCCGGAGAAGAACCCGAGUUUCUAGUCAUCCAAAAUUGGCCCGAAAAAGACUCUCUCAAGGUCCCGACUAGCAUAAGCUACCCGGGAAGCGAGCCUCUGUGGGGCUGGCGUGCCUACGCCUACCCCCCAACUUACGCAUGGUUUAAGUUGUUAUUAGACCCUAAAGGCCGCCCUACUGAGCCUCAGGACGAGCUUCUCAGGAACUUGACUUAUCAGAAUCUGCUAAUGGAAGCGCCGGGUAAGACCGCCGUGGACAUGGUAGGGGAUUUUCUCGGACGGAUACGUCGUUUCAUUCAAGACCGAUUGACGUCUCUUUCUCUUCCUACCAAAGAGACGCUUGUACAAUUCCAUUUUUCCACCCCAGUGGCCUGGGAAGAGGAUGCUCAUAUGGCCAUGCGGACGGCCAUUACCCAAGCAGGAUUCGACACUGUAGGCUCGGAAAAUGUGUGUCUCAGCUCCGAGUCGGAUGCGUCGGCCCGCUAUGUGUUAGAGCAGAAAAGCGAGAUGCUACAGAUCGGCGAAAUUUUCUGCAUCUGCGACAUAGGCGGAUGCACCAUUGAUUCAGUCUGUUAUCUUGUGGUGUCCAAAGGCCCAGCUUGGGUACUGGAACCAUUGAGCAAAUCCUGCGGCCAAAUCGGUGGUGCAAUCCAGGUCGACUUUCUCUUCCUUCAAAAGAUGCAUAAAAGACUUAAGGAAGCGUUUGUUAAAGAAUUCAAUCGCAAUGGUGGUAUGGCGAGCCAAUUCAUGGCCCAGUUCACGGAACUCAAAGAAACCUUUGAUGGCACCGGGGGAAUCCGUAGGCUGAACUUCAACAUGAAUGUGGUUUCGGACCACUAUGAUGCUCAAACUCAAGAGAUAUUACUUUCUCUCAGCGAUAUGGAAAAGUUCUUUCGACCGACCAUUGAAAGUUCAAUCCAGAUAAUGAGCCACCAACUUGACCAGGUUGAUAUCAUGUGUCGAAAAUAUGGAGGCCAUCAAGUCUCCCACUUGUUUAUCACUGGAGGGUUCGCUGCCUCUCCUUAUGCCAAUAGCCAGUUCAAGACCUUGUUUGAGCAGCGAAAGGUGCAGCUAACCGUCCCGGAGAACCCAGCCAUUGCGACGGCCUACGGGUCGGCCCUUCUAGGUGUUUUUGAUGUGUCGUACACCAUGAAGGGCGGCCGGGAGCGACCCAUAAUGGAGCGAUUGAAACUGAUGUACAGCAAAGAAAAGGCAUCAAUUACUUGGAUAUUCAAGAAGAAUAACCAGUACCAGGCGGUUGAGCAGUACUCCUGGGGAUUCGAGCUUCUGCAUCAGCACAACAUGCCGUUGAUCAAACCGAUUGCUAUCUACUCAGUCGACGACCCAAGCCCACGCUCAAAGCCCGAAUUGCUCAACCCGAAUCAAUCAAAAUGCCUCGCCUAUAUUCAACUCGAUCUGUCUCAGAUCGACCUGACCGUCCACCCUCACAUAAAUGACAAGAAGGGGCACACAUUCUUCCAAGUUCUUGUCGAUGUACAGGCGACCCUCUGCCUCAAGAAAGGGGAUUUGAGCUUUCAACUUUCAGUAGGUGGAAUUAAUUGUGGCAAUUGCAAGGUCCAUACAGUUUGGGCAUAG